UCAACAAAGAGAAUGGGCAGAUCACGAAAUGAUAAACAGCUCGUCAGUACGAAACUGCUUAUCUAUCGUACGAGACAUUCACUACUACCUCAUCUACCACAAUCGCACACUUUGACGCCCAAUCAUGUGCCCUUCAACGCCCUUGGAGACGUACGCAGAGAAAAUCUGCACUGCAGCCAAACAGAUUAGUACUUGGUGCAACGAAAACCAACAUCCUCAACCAUCUCUUGGGCCGUCAGCAUCUAGUGUCACCCUACCGCCGAAUGCGCCAGUAAAGAUACUCACAGCACGAAGCCAAUUGGUUGAAGCUGCGUUCAAAAUCCAACAGCUAGCUAUAGAGCCGAACGAAUAUUUGUCUCGCCAAGCGGUUCAUUAUCAAGUCUUAGCCUCGGUCCACUGGCUCAGUCACUUCCGAAUCUUCUCGUUCAUUCCACUCACUGGCUCGGUCCCACGCUCCGAAGUCGCGGCAUUAGCAAUGGUUCCGGAGAACCAACUCAAGGCUACUGCAAGAAUGGCCAUGACGUCGAACCUUCUGUGUGAGCCGAGCCCGGGCGAGUUGGCGCAUACAGCUGCUUCGAGACUCUUCGUCGCCAACCCUGCCGUUUUGGACUGGGCCCUUUUCAUGGCAAAAGGCUCGGCGCCGACAGCAUCAAAGAUGGUCGAGGCUACCGAGAAAUGGGGCGCCACAACAUCGAUGACCGAGACUGCCUUUAACGUGUCCAACAACACCACCCUGACAUUCUUCGAUUACAUUUCACAGACUCCGGAUAUGGCGAAGUUAUUUGUGUCGUAUAUGAAAAACGUUACAUCCAGCGAGGGAACGAAAAUUGAUCAUUUGAUCCACGGCUAUGAUUGGGCCUCGCUAGGAAAAGCUACCGUUGUUGAUAUGGGCGGUUCUGACUGCCAUGCCUCAGUUGCGCUGGCGUCCGCCUACCCGGACCUCAAUUUUGUCGUGCAAGACCUGCCACGAACCAUAGCCAACGGGCCCGCCAUGCUUGCUAAACAGCCUGACAGUAUCCGCACGCGUAUUAUUUGCCAGGAGCACAAUUUCUUUACACCUCAGCCAGUCAUGGAUGCGGAUGCUUACUUCCUCCGCAUGAUCUUUCAUGACUGGCCCGACAAGGAAGCGCUAACCAUCCUGCGUCACCUGGUGCCGGUGCUUAAAGCUCGACCUUUCAAGCGGUCUCAGCCUAACGCGUCCAAUGUAGCACGUAUCAUUAUCAUGGAUACCGUGCUUCCCGAUCCUGGAACAUGUCCCACAACCGAGGAAGCGCUGAUGCGCGUGCGUGACUUGGCUAUGCUCCAGGCCUUCAACGGCAAAGAACGUGAGCUGACGGACUGGAAAAAUCUGCUGGCGGCUGCUACGGCCCAGUCGGGCGAGGGUGCCGGGGAGCUCGAAUUACUUCGUGUCCACCAACCAUUUGGUAGCUUAAUGAGCCUCCUUGAGGUUGUUUUCACAGUGAGUUGAAUGAUUUCGAAAUUGUCAGGGAUAGGCAGUUGUUGUAAUUGCCUACUUGGUGUGUCUUGUAUAGUGAGAAUUGUAGCCUUAAACUUUAGUCACCUUGACAUGAUAAUUAUUUCUCUCAAUGAACGUCUUUGCUUGAGCCGAGGCUUGUUCGGUAGUCAAAUAAGGAUAAUUCACAUAUAGGUGCAAAAGUCACCGGUGUAGUUUUCUUGAGAUGCAUGCGAAAGU